GAGAGCAGAUUUUUUUCCCCCCCUCCAAAGAGACGUGAGCUGAUCGGACGCUGAGGAUCAAACAUUGGGAAAGGUUUCCAGUGUCAAACUCGACUCGAUGUCCAGGAGAACAGAGGAAUUUAACUCAGAGGAACAACAAAAAAAAAAGCUAAGCACUAAUCCUGUGCUGUGGAUGGACACAGUGAAGAGCUAAGAUCAUUCAGACUAUUCCGUGUGCUCUCCCUGGAUAUUCUCUGACUUUGCCCGCUUCAGGGAGCCACAGAGAUGGAUGUGGCGGCCGAUCAGCCCCGCUGGAUGCAUCACCACGCCGUGCUGAACGGACAACACCCGGACUCUCACCAUCCCGGCCUGGGCCACAACUACAUGGAGCCCACGGCGCAGCUGCUGCCUCCGGAUGAGGUGGAUGUUUUCUUUAAUCACCUGGACUCACAGGGAAACCCGUACUACCACAACUCUGCCAGGGCCAGGGUGUCCUACAGCCAAGCGCACGCUCGUCUGACGGGGACUCAGGUGUGCCGGCCCCACCUCCUCCACAGUCCGGGGAUUUCGUGGCUGGAUGGAGGGAAAGCAGCCCUGUCGGCCCACCACCACAACGCCUGGGCCGUGAGCCCCUUCAGCAAGCCCAGCCUGCACCACCCGGGAUCCGCGUCCCCGGGCGCUCUCUCCGCCGUGUACCCGUGCAGCAGCAACUCCAACGCGGCCUCCGCAUCCUCGCUAACGCCGCCGUCCCACUCCAGCUCUCACCUGUACACCUUCCCCCCCACGCCGCCCAAAGACGUGUCUCCGGACCCGGGGGCCGCGUCCCCAGCCAGCAGAAUGGACGAGAAGGAAUCUAUCAAAUACCAAGUGUCGCUACCGGAGGGCAUGAAGAUGGAGGGCUCCAGCCCGCUGAGAAGCAGCCUGGCCUCCAUGAACGCCCAGACUCCAUCCACCCACCAUCCCAUACCGACGUACGCCCCCUACUCGCUCCCAGCGGCCCACGAGUACGGCGGCAGCCUGUUCCACCCGGGCAGCCUGCUGGGCUCCUCAUCCAGCUUCACCCCCAAGAACAAAGGCAAGACACGGUCCUGCACCGAGGGCCGUGAGUGUGUAAACUGUGGAGCCACCUCUACACCUCUGUGGAGACGUGACAGCACCGGACACUACCUGUGCAACGCCUGCGGCCUUUACCACAAGAUGAACGGCCAGAAUCGACCUCUCAUCAAACCCAAACGCAGGCUGUCUGCAGCCAGACGAGCAGGCACCUGUUGUGCUAACUGUCAGACGACCACCACCACGCUCUGGAGGCGCAAUGCAAAUGGAGAUCCAGUGUGCAAUGCCUGCGGCCUCUACUACAAACUGCACAACGUGAACCGGCCUCUGACCAUGAAAAAGGAAGGAAUACAGACACGCAACCGGAAAAUGUCCAACAAAUCCAAAAAGAGCAAGCGAUGCGGUGACAGCUAUGAGGAGUUUUCCAAAAGUCUGCACGACAAGAACUCUCCCUUCAGCGCUGCCUCUUUGGCCAGCCACAUGUCCAUGGGCCACUUGCCGCCCUUCAGCCACGCCGGACACAUGCUCCCUACGCCCACCCCGAUACACCCGUCGUUCGGCCACCCACACCACUCCAACAUGGUGACGGCGAUGGGCUGAGAGGCUGAGGAGAGGUGUUGG